CACCCCUGUAUUUUCCUUUUUUUCUUUACUCUAUGUCUCCUUCUUUAAAAUAGAAGUUCCAUAAGGACACAUGGUUUUGUUUGUUUUGUUCACUACUGUAUCCCGUGCACCAACUGAGUAAGAACUCAAUAGAUAUCAGCUAAAUAAAUCAUCAUCUGUGUUUAGACAGUGUUUUUAGGAUUUAUUUAGAUGACUAUUGUGGAAUGGAGUGGAGAGCAAUACCUGAGACUAAGCUUUCGGGAGUGUUAGGAUCUGCCUGUCCAUGUUCUCACUGCUAUUGGAUGUACAUCAUACACCAAAGGAAGCUAAAGCCUGUAAGAGGAAGUUAAGAUUACUAGAUGAGGCAGCUUCUCCUCUUUCUGCUGAUAAUACCAUCAGCUGUUAGGACUGGCGUGUUAUAGAAGGAUAAGCUUACUGAGGAGGUGGUAGUGUGGUAAUUAACAGCAUAGCCAAAGGUCUCAUUGUGUUGGGGUUCGAUUCUCAGCUACUCUGCUUAAUAGCUCUAUAAAUAUUAGAAGUCACUAUUAUUUUAUGUAAAAAUUGUUUAUCCUGAUACUUCAAGGAAUUCCAACUUAUGAAAUUGUUAAAACUUACUAUUGUAAGAGACUGAAUACUUCUUAUUUCUUUCUAGGGAGGUCCUAAGUUUUCAUCAAAUUUUCAACAUCAGCACUUUCAAUACUUCUGGGCAUUAAAGAUCAAGUGAUACUAUUAUAAAUAAAUCUGCACAAUACAUUCCUUUGGAUUGGCCUAAACUCCCUUGGGGCCAGCCAGAAUCCUAAUAUUUUGCAAGCUCUUAAUAUUUCUAUGUUUCCUACUUACCCCUGAACCUACAAAAAAACAGAGCUACAAAGCAAUAACUUCACUAUGAUUACAAUCACCUUUACAAAGUUGAGGUUAAGUGAUUUGCCUACAUGACAAAGACAAACCUUAUACAUAAAUUUAUAUUUAAAAAUCACAUUUUAACAGACUCAGAGCCCCAUGCUGGCAGGAGGUGAUUACAUUGUGUCUGUUGUAUCCCUGAAUUUCUAUCUUUGUACAUUUCUCGGGACACGAAACUGAAAGUGAGAACCAUGGCAGAUAAGCAAGAAAUAAUGUGUAAAUUGGAACAUGUUAAAGGGAUCAGGAAUGAGACCCUACAGAUAGAGAAGAUCAAGGUCUGUUUGAAGGCUAAGGUUGAGGCCCUAGAAUCAGUGGAGAGACACCUGAAGGAAUACAAGCAGGAGAUGGACCUCCUGCUACAAGAAAAGAUGGCCCAUGUGGAGGAACCCCGACUGAUCCAUGCUGACACCCAUGUGAUGGAAACUACCGUCAAACAAUCUGAGAAUGACUUAAACAAGCUGCUAAAGUCUACCUGGCAUCUCCAUGAUGAGUAUGAGCCACUGAAGGAACAUGUGGAUGUCCUGUGCAUGACUCUGGGCCUGCAGAGGCUCCCCGACCUUUGUGAAGAGGAGAAGCUCUCCUGGGAUUACUUUGAGAAGCAUAAAGCAGAUUGGCAGAACCACAGGACCUUCCCAAUCCCCAAAUCCCUGGCUACUGCAGCCCUUGCUGCCCAACAACUUCAAGUAUUUGAGGAGCAGAACACUGGGCCGACAGCCACCUUCAGUAUGCAGCCCCUACCUAUGAAGGCCUGCUUGUCCUGUCAUCAGCAAAUUCACUGGAAUGCACCCAUAUGCCCUCUGUGCAAAACUGAGAGUCAGUCCUAGAACCCCAAAAAGCUAAAAUGGAAGUGGGAAGAGUGAAGAGAGGGAGAACGCAUAGACCUCUACAGUUCAUAACCCCUCCCCUUGGCCAGUGAUUGAUAUCCUGAUGUGAAACAACCCUUUCCCACCUCUACCAAGUCUCCACUUUAUUGUGAUGGAAGUGCAACACCUCUCUCACUUUGCUCUUAUUUCUUUCUAUUGGGGUUUCUGGUUUAGGAAGAGAUGUGGUUCAGGUGCUAAAGGCAGUAUGUCUCAUAAUGCCUUCUCUCCCACGGACAUUUCAUCCCCUGCUCUUCUUUGGAGCAAAGCAUAGGGCAGCAGGUCCACAUGUGAUUCUCUGUCUUUUGU